AUGGACUUUAACCCGAUUAGCAUUGAGGAGGGCGGCCACAGCCAGUUCCAGAACGGCGUGGCGAACGCGGUUGCCAGCGCGCGCGCCGCUGGCCGCGGUGAUGCGGCUGGUCUGCUUAGCCAACACGCAUCCUUCGGCGACGUGCUUCGGGCCUGCCGCAACGCCUUUUAUUAUCACACAAGUUGGUCGGUACCCUACCCCGAGGUGCCUGCUACCCCGAUGCUGUACUACCCUGACGAGUACAAGCGUAUGAUUGAGUCGACCAUGCCGCUCGGUAUCAUGCAGUCCGAGCUGGACGCGAUGCAGACGGGCCUCCUCGACAGCAUUCCUCUGGCGUACUACCCGCUGGUGCCGAAUGCGCUGGAUGAGGCACGGCAGGCUUUGAGGCGUGCGGCGCUGCUGAAAAGGCGUGCGGCGGCUGCAGCAGAGGCGGACGACGCGGCGUCGUCUUCGUCCACGUCGGCAGCGAACGCGUCUGAUCGCGCUCGCCCGCCGCAUGGCCGCCUCGAUCCUGGUGACGCAGAGAUUUCUCGCAUCGUGGUCGAUGCAAACGAAAUUCAGAUUCGCAACCUGCCGUCGCUCACACACGUGCAGCGGCCCCUGUACACGGAUAUCGGUUUGGUGCCGCAGGAGGAGCGGCACGCCGCACGUGUGGCUCGCACACAGCCCACGGAGGCAAGGCCGCAUGACGCAGCGCUGACAACGGAGGAAAUGGUGCGCCAAUGGCGUAUCGAUGUGCAGUCGUCCUUCGUGCAGGCUUCGCAGAUCGACAGCGACUUUGCACGCUUCAUUGGGGAGGUCGCGCACGCAAAGCUUGGUCUGGACAGAAAUAGUGCUUCGCACAUGCGGCUGACGCGUGCACUGUGGAGUCUUCUCUUUCAAGACACGACGAAGCGGCAGCAGCGCAAGGUGUGGUACAUCAUCUGCCACUUCUCUUCCACCUUUAGUGACGCCCCAGCGGCGUCCGAGGCGGCGGUGGCGCAGCUGCUGCGCGAGACGGAGGCGCUGGGCUUGCCUCAGUACUUGACCAGCUGGCGCCCUCUGCUGAUAGAGUACACGCGGGCCGUGGACGAUUACGCCGCAGAGCUCGCCGGUGGCGCGGAGCAGCGUCGCGAGAAUCUGCAGUUCCACGACCGGGAGCUGGAUCAACUGUACACGGGUAACGUGUACACCAACAUCGAGCUUGACGGCAAGCUGGUCCGCACGAGCGCCGAUCGUCUGAAGAACACCAUUUACCCGGUGGAAGUGGUGCCGGUUUACCCCAGCGGGUACGAGCAGGCGGCCUCAAUGGGAGCUGCCGCGCUGCGUCUCCACGACUCGGAGGAGCUCGACUUCCUUGCUGAGCGCGACGCCUCGCUGCACCACGUCAUUCUGCCGGACGCUGUCUUGCCCAAGGCCGCCGCCUCCCGGCCGAACAUGCUUGUCGGCGGCUGCAACCUCCUCGUUGCUGACGACGGUGAUUUCGCGAAUGUGCAGCUGGGCGGGACUCUGCGGUACAGUGUGCCAGCAGAGAACACCUACCAGUCCCUGCGCCAGGACCCGAUGAACACGGCGAGCUACCUGCUGCGGGUGGGCCAAGUGGCGACCGACGCCGCCAGCUCCCUCGGCGCCAACCACGACGGCCGCUACGUCAUGUACGACCGUAUUGGCCACCGUGAUGUCUACCAGAAGACCAACAAUACGGAUGCCAACGCUCUUUCACGCUACGUGGUCAUGUUCGCCGAUGCGCCAGCCGCUGUCGGGGCUUCUGAAGCGAUCACAGGUGCUCGUAAUAGUGAUCGCGUCAACUGCGUGAAGCGGGAGCGUGAGGAAGUACCAGCUCCCGAGGCGGCGGCGGAGUCCUUGGAGUCUGUUGCACAGGUGCCGCGCACAGAAUGA